AUGAUCUCUCAAGUUACAUUUGCUUCUCCAAGCUCGAUGAUCAACCUUAGCAAGUACUCAUUCAGCCAGUGCACUCAUCUCCGUGAUAUUAUCAACAUCCCAGACACAAUCGAGAACAUCGAAUCCAACUGCUUUGAGUCCACACAAAUCUCAACAUUUGUUGUUCCUAUAUCUACAACAUCGAUUGGCAACUAUGCAUUCCGAGGAUGUUCAGAGAUGACAGUCUUUAAAAUCCCAUCUCGUUGCUUACUUCGAUCAAUCGGCAACUACAUCUUCGAUGGCUGUGUUUCUCUCAGCACUAUUGAAUGUCCAGACAGUGACUUCUUCGUUAUCGAUAACGGAGCUCUUUUCAACAAGAACAGGAGUAAUUUGAUCUGCUUCCCACCUGCAUCUUCUAUCACAUUCUUCUGUUUCUCACAGAACGUGAAGAGUGUCUCGUCUAGUGCAUUCUUUGGCUGCAAGAACCUUGUUGGUAUCAUGAUUCCUGACAAUUCUAUCACGUCCAUUGGUCACUCAGCAUUUGCAGACUGUACAUCUCUCAAGUACAUCAACAUCCCUCUUUGUGUUAAAAACAUUGACCAGAAUGUUUUCACUGGUUGCACUAGCCUUUACUGCGGUGUUGUUGUCCAGAACACUAGUAUUUCAUUCCGCAUGUCCCUUGUUACCAAUAGUGGUCUUAGUUUCACAUCCAUGAAAGACUGUGGCCUUAUCACAUGCAAACAUGAUAGUUGCAGGAUCCCAGUUCCUUCUCUUAUUUCUUUGUUUUUAUUUUAA